UCUACCACGUCAAAGCCACUGAAACCCAUCCAACGUGAUCGCCGCAUUUUUUACCCUUGGCCAUUGUUCUUUGUUCGUGACCUUGCUCUUCUGUGGUCCAGCUUCACAAGCAUGCAUAAACCAUGAAUAGGUUAGGCCUUCUUUUUUCGACGCUUUUUCUGAUUACAGCGAUUCAGAUCCAGAUCAGGACAAACGCGCAGGUCGUUCAACCGGCGCACACACUCCCGAAUGACCAACGGCCAAGCAGUCCGAAGAAACCCGCUCAAAAUGAGCGCCCGCAGAAGAAAAUCCCCACGACCAAGGCAACGCCCAAGCCCAGUAUGGGUGACGCGAUCAAGAACCUGAAAGAUCGCAUCCUGAACGACACGGACACCCCGCAGGAUAUGCUCCAGCACGUCCGGGAUAGCUCUUUCCGAAACGCAUUCCACGAGGCGAUCGAUGCCAACAUCGUCAAUCCAGGGCUGAUCAAUACGCUAGCGUCGGUCGCCAAGCCAUUGGUCAAUGACUACAGCCGAGAUACGCUGCUGAUCGAUUCCAUUCGGGAGGACAUAAACUUCACGUUCGGACCGAACGUGACAUGGUGGAAGACGUUGGAACUCAAGAAGAACGAGCAGCAUGUGAUCGUAGGUUUGAGUAACAGCAGCAUUGUGAUCUUGUUCGAGCAUUUUGGAGAGUAUAAGUUACAACAGGAAGUAUUGAUGGAGACGGUUCCGACGGCUUUCGAGAUCAUCACGGUUUGGGACUCGGCGGCGGAGACUCCGAUCAGCUGCUUGAUCGUGGCGACAGAGCUGCAGCUGAUCUGGUAUACGAUGCGACCGGAUACAAACUUCGAGCUGACGGAGGAGUGGCGAUGGCCACUGUACAAGAUGACGACGUUGAUCAAGGGUUUCAAAUACCGAGAUAUCCACAUGAUCUUGCUGGUGGGGACGCAUCCGAACAAGCACAAGUCCGUUUCGGCAACGUUGUACGAGUUCAACUUUGAACGACAGCAGUUUUGGCUGCUGCAGAGACUGGAUCUUGCUUUCCCUUGUAGCAAAGUCGGGUUGGUGAGGGUCGGAAGGGAGUUUCUGGUGACAUUCCCGCAGAACGACACAGCCAUGAUCUACACGCUGGAAGCUGGGGAAAAAUACCGCGGAAGGUUCAAUUUGAUCGCGAACUACACGUCGGAAAUGGUACAAACGGUAGGGGCUUUCCAGGUUGGAAGAUACGCGUAUAUAGCGAUCGGAGGGCGAUCGCCACAGAUCGUGCGUUACGCCAAUGGAGUGUUUACGUCCCAGCGUAUUCCAAUGGAGGCGAUGGAGACUGUGGAGGCAUACUAUGAAAUUCCGACUCCGACCUACCGCGAUGAUCUGAUCCUGCUAGUUCAACACAAGAUGCUUUUCUCGACGCACGAUCUCCAGAGGUUGGACGUCUUCGUGUGGAACGGCGAGUCCUUCGAUCUGCGAAGUAAUAUCCCAUGCUACGUGGAGGACGAACUGAUGGACAAUGAGGUCUCGUGUAUGCUGGAUCUUUACCGGCCCACUGGUAUCGUCGGGUCGGCGAUCAUACUUCGGGGCAAGAAGGUUUCGAUGAUCGUUCCCCGGUACCAGACUCAUUCCACUCUGUUCAAUCUACACAUAGAACUGCUUUCAGCAGAGCAUCCAAUCCGGCAGAAGACUCAGGAGAUGCAGGACACGAUCGAUGCAUUCACCAAGAUCGUCCACUACCAGGACGAGGUGAUUAGCGAAGGCUUCGCGGCGAUCGCCGAAGCGGAUCAGUUGUACGAUGUUCCACUGUUAACACUGCAGAAUUGUUCUUUGGGAACGAUCCAAGCGGACUUGGUCGUUCAAGAUUCGCACUUCCAUUGGCCGAAUGGUACGAUCGUGGUUGGUAGCAAGAUUUGGUCACAUCGGGACACGGCGGUCAACGUACCGGCGAUCGCGCAAGAGAUCGAAGCGGAGACGGCACUACUGAGUCAAUUGGAACAACAGCUGAACUUCACGGUUCGACGACACAACGACAGCUUUUCGCUUGAUUUGGACCAGCCGUUGUACGUUCAGGGUAGGGUCGAGGUCGGUGGAGCUUUGGUCACGGAUGAUCUGUAUGUGCGGCAGCUAGAGGAAGAUCCACCGCUACUUCGGGUGCUUCGACAAACCGGAGAUGAUGGUGUGAAGGAGCUUCGGGUGAAAGAUCUAAAAGUACGCCACUUGAAUUUUGAAACUGUAAACGGAAUUCCGGCGAGUGAUCUGGUAUUUAAUACGGGUGAGAAGAUCGAGCUAGCCAAUGCGCUAAUCGUGGACAAUGUGCUUGUGGCGCAAAAUGUGAUCUUGCCGAAAGGAGGAACGGUGAAUGGGGUGGAUCUGAGUGAAUCGACGGUGUAUUUCAACUGUAAGAACCGUCGGUGGGAUAGCCUGAAGUUUGAUUCGGUGGAAGUACUGGAAGACGUUGGGGUUCAGGAGACGAUCAACGGUGUGAAGUUCGACCUGGAAGAAUUGGAUAAUCGGUUCAGGCAAGCUAGCGAUGACAUGACGGAUGUUUUAGUUACGGAAAAGCUACAACUGGACGGAAAUUUGUACGUGCAUAGCGUCAACGGAGUACCGUGGAGUGACAUCAUCCAUCGAAUUGUGCUCAAGAAUCGACCGAACCGACUGGCUGAAGUGAGGAUCAAUGGGAGUUUGGUUUUGGAGAACGACAACGUGACGGUUUAUCAUCUGAAUGGACUGGCCUUCCCGAUGGACUAUUUGCUUUCCAACAGUCCGAUGGAGUCGAUCGUAACUGGGUACAAGCGGUUUGUGAACUUUACAAAUAUUGAAGCCCUGGACAUCGAACGUAAAAUCAACGGGGUGGAUCUGCAGGACAUUGUGACCUUGCACGAUGACCAGCACAUCCCUGGCGACGUAACUUUCGGGGAACUUCACGUAACCGAGCGUCUCGAAGUCAAGGGAGCCAUCCUCGGAAAACAUUUGGACGAAUUCCUCGAUAACCCAUCCCUUCUUCAAACCCCAUUGGUCAAGGCCGCCUGCCACUUCAAGCAGCUCUUCGUCGACGGGCCGGUGAUCGUCGAGGAAAAACUCAACGGCAUGGAUGUGGACGCUGUCCUAUCAGAUGUGGUCUACGACUCGGAGCACACGGUGACGAUCGAGGCGGCCAAGCGGAUUGCUUCGGUGGAAUUUGGCGAUAAGGUUACCAUCGGCUCCGGCAUGGUCAACGAGUUCAAGCUGGAUCAGUUUGUGACGCGAAGUACCGAGCAGGAGUUGAGCGUUCGGGAGAUCAAUGGGAAUGUGUUCAUCCGUGACUUGCAGCUGGACGGGCUGUUUGAUGGGCUGAACGCGACGGCCUUGGAUGUUAGUUCGGUGAAGUUGUUCGGCGAUCAGUACACGGAGACUUCGUUGAUCUUCAAGAAUCGAGAGAACGCUUUGUAUCCAGAUGUGGAAGCGAAUGAGUUGAAGAUCACGAAAACGCUGAACUCGAAAACUAGGAGCGAGUACAAGGAUACGGAACAGGACGAAUUGGUGCUCUCGGGCCAGAUCAGCUUGAGUCAUUUGCACGUAAAUCAUAUGAAGUUGACGGGGUCGAGCUUGAGCGGGCCUUCGAAGAUGAUCAACUUGGUGCACUUGCCAACAUUCGACAACCUCCGAUUCAGCUUGUCAAGACCUCAGCAGGUCACUGCGCCAUUCUACGUGAACAAACUGGUCGUGGGAAGUCAAAUAGCGACGGCUCACGUGAAUGGACGAGAUAUUCGCGGUUUGAAAGAGAGUUUCGACCGCGUGGACAAUUUUAAGACUCAUCUGCUGCAGGGCAGUAUUCCUAUUGAGAAUCUCUACGUGGGAGGUGAUCUGCAGGUCAACAUGCUAAAUGACGUGAACUUCGAUGCUUUGGUCAAGCAAGUCAUCUGGUUGGAUCGCCCGAACAGGAUACCUGGAACCUUCCGGUUCCUCGAUCCUAUACAGGUUGAAGGAAACUUGACAAUACGAGGGCAGAUCAACAAUGCCGAUCUUGGGGACUUCUUGGAAGAUGUGGUACGGAAAUCGGCCGGAGUGGCGGAGUUCCAUGGUACGACCGUAUUCAUGAACGGUUUGGUAGUUGAGGGAAACGUCAAUACCGAGAGCAUCAACAACAUCCACAUGAGCGAAUUGGCGUUGCGAAACGACACGAUCUACCUGCAAGGCGAUGUGGAGAUUCAGGGAGAUGUCUUCGUGGAACACCUGCACAUUGAGAAUCACUUGAACCAAGAGCCCAUCCAGAACCUCCUGAACUCGUACGGUUACGACGAAACCAAAGACGUCCACACGAUAAAAGGCGAUCUGUACCUGUACGGUGCCCAAAUCGGAGCCCUUCGCAUCGCAGGAAUGAUGAACCAAAUCCCAAACGUAGACGCCCAUCUGGCGUCGAUCAUCCGCAAGGACCAGGACUACAACUUUACCAAGCCGUUGCUGUUCAAGAACGAGGUCUUCUUCGAUCGGGGCUUCUCGGCCACGUACCUCAAUCAGGUGGACAUUUCUACCAUCCAGCAGGACAUCGUACGGAUCAACGGCCAGAACCCGGUGGAGAUCGAGGCGGACCGGAUCGUGUUUGCCGAACCGGUCUACGCGGAUCGGCUGGCGAUCAAGGGCGAUAUGAUUGCGGCGAACCUGGUUGGAUGCAAUCCGGAUGUCUGGAUGAGCACCGGAGUGAUGAUCAAUCGGGAUGCGGAGAUCUACGCGAAAACCCUCUUCUCGCCGGGAGCCUUCCGCACGGAUCACCUCCGCGUGGACUACCUGAACGGACAACCGAUGAACAAUCUGAUCACGCUAAACACCGAUCAGACGAUCGAGACCACCCUGUUCAUCCACGAGAUGACAAUCACACAACCGAUGGAGGUCGGCGGCUACGUCAACGGAGUUACGCUACCUUACGAGCGCAAGAACACCCUUAUGACCUACGGCAACCAGCGGGUCCGGCUUCCGACGGUCUUCCACUCGAUCCGCGUCCUUCAAUCGCUCACCCUUCCGCCGGUGCUGAAUGGGAAACCCUUCGCACCCCCGGUUGCCAUCGGACCCGAAAUGGUGAUCGAGUCACCCAUCUCCUUCCGGCAUCUGAUCGUCGAUCGUCUGGAGACGGAGGAUAUGAUCUCCGGCGUGGACUUCGACCGCUGGUACGAGAACAGCCUGUGGAGCAAGGGUCGCGAUCAUCAGACCAUUGAAGCGAGGAUUUCCGCUCGGAAUGUUCGGUUCAACGGAGACGUGGAAGGCAAUGGAAAGAUCAACGGAGUAGACAUUAUGGACGUCGUCCAGCGGAUGAAGGCCGCCAAAAAGAACGUGGAGGAUCAACUGCAAGACUACCAGUCGGAGAUGCGAUCGUUCUGCUCCAACACCAAACAGUUGGUGGACAAAUCACAGAGUCGGAUGUACUUCUUCAAGUACUUCGUGCAGCGGCAGGUGAUCAACGAACAUCUACCGAUCGUGUCGUUCCACUUCUUCGAUCACUUGGGGUACCACUUCCUGGGGGUGAACAUGGGAUGUGAAAGUCACUUCUAUCAGUGGGAUCCAACUGGAAAGGCGUUUGUCCCGAUAUUCAAAUACCACACUGGAUUGGUCGAGGAAUGGAAUCACGUGGUCAAUGGAGAGGAAGCGAUUUUCUUGGUGACGCGAUCAAUCAACGAGAUCACGCAAUGUGAAGUAUCGGGACUCAGCGUAUGGUUGUUCACGGGAGUUCAGCUGCAGCUGCUCUGGAAUACGGUUGACACCGCGUCGAUGCAAUCCGUAGCUGCUGAGCCGGCGAAGUCCACAAGCUUCUAUGUACUAACGCCAGUUGUCGUGAUGGAGUACGGCGUUGAUGGAAGCACCUUGGAACAGUGGAGACUUCCGAAGAGUGCUUUAGGUUACGAGUUUGUGCCCAGUGGAGUUGGGCUUGGGUUGGCCUUGAGUGACAGUAAGUUGCUGGUUCUGUUGUCAAAUGUCAACAAGACUGUUGAAGAAGGUCCUACCGUAAACAGCGGCCUUGAAAUGGCACUGUUCUCCUCACAAUCAAUGCACGAUCGUAUGAAAAAGACGUACUCUGAAAAGUUGCUGAAUUCUACGGGAGAAUCAGCGGAGGUCAGUGAUAUCAUCCACCCAGAAAACCUUUCUCCGCAAGAAGAACACAGUUACUUCGGCAACGAUACGGUGAUUGUUGUAGAACCGGAAGCUGUUGACAUACCGGAACCUCCGGUGAACGAGGAGCAGCUGCCCACCGAGACUCCGAUAGCCCGGGAUAUUCCACACGGAGGAAUCAUGAUCGCCGACAAUCAACACUUCCCCGAGCGAUCCAAAGGCUAUGUGGUGGCGUUCCAUGCAGGUCCACAUAACAAAAAGCGCCAUCUCGUAGCAGUGUCUACCGUGGUACACACCGUCGUCCAAGGAGAUCAGGACGCGAUCAAGAUCUACACCGACAUCCAAACUGGUAAGCUCUACCAGGUUCUUCCCUGUCACCGUCCAUCGCACCUAACCGCCCUGGAACUUCGGGACGAAACGAUCCUCGCUUUCCUGGAGGCACGACAAACAGUCCAGAUCUUCAUCUACCGGGGGAUGCAGGGUUUCGUGCGGCUCAGCAAUUUUAAACUGACGGGUCCGGCCAGGGCCAUGGCCGGAGUUUCGCUACCGCAGCCGUUGAUGAUCCGCUGCAAGUUGCACUAUCUGGCGAUCUCGACCGAACAGAACGAACUGAUCAUGUUGCGUGCCAAGACGCAAGGCGAUUGCGGACUGGCGGUCCAGGUGGACUGCGAUGAUGUGGAGUGAGACAUGAAUAGCUAGGUGUUUUGUUUGAUGUUGUACAAUGUUUGUUUAAUUGUAUGAAUAAUUGUUAUUGUUGAAAGUAUAGCUAGUUUUUAUAUGGAAUUUUGAUAGUUGUUUUCAUUGAAAUAAUAAAAAGAAAGAAUUUGAUUCGCCU